AACUAACUCCACAAGCAGAAAUCCUGUCUCAGCAAAAGCACAAGGAUCUGAGAUUCUGGCAAGAUCAUCCAGACAAAGUAAUUUCUCUAUCAACUUCUGGGGGGAAAAAAGGAAGUGAAAAUGUUGGAAUUACCCACAGCUUUUCAGAUUGACUCGUAGCUGAACCUUCUCCCUUUUUUAAAAACAACAACAACGGAAGAGCGAACCCUGUCUUGGAGGAUGGCAUUUGAUCGACUUAAAUCGCCUUCUCACCAGACUAUUUUCUUUACAUCUCCGCCUGGGGUUGGCAGGAUUUUACACCUCCCUUAGCGGGAUGAGGGUUUGGGGGACGGGCGGCGUUUUUGGAAUAUCCCCGAAAUCAGCCUCAAGCUGCCUGGAAGCUGCGCGAUCCUCUCUUUCCAGCGCAGCGGCGUAAAAGAGCCCGCGAUUCUCGAGGGAAUAGCGCGCCGUCUGACUGUGCGCGGUGUUUGGAAGCUCGCGCGGCCCCGCGUUUUCCUAGAAACACCCAUCAAGGGUAGGGAGCCCUUCGCUUAAUCGAGAGAGAAGGGCGGGAGCGGUGAGGGCUGGAGAGGGCUGCGGGCGAGUGGCAGCCAAUCGCGACUCGCCUGCCCAAGUCCAGAAUCCGAGGCUGGUGUUUAGCUGGGGUGGUGUGCGGUCGCCGCCGUCGCCCACAGAAUCCAAGACGGGCAAACUCAGGUGUACCUGCACCUCUCAGGUCCCUGGCAGAGCGACCGGGGCGUCGGAGAGCUUUCGCUGCCGGUGGCGCGCAGAGGGACGAGCGCGGCGGCCGUUUAGUCGAAGCGGUCCGAAGGCGUGAAAACAGCCAGUCCGAGGGGGGGAGGGAGGAGAGACAGAGAGAGGGGGCGGCCAGCCGCAGCCCCCCCUCCCCCGCCAUGCCUCGGUCGUUCUUGGUGAAGAGCAAGAAGGCGCACAGCUACCACCAACCCCGCGGCCCCGACGGCGACUACGGCGGCAGCCUGGAGAGCGUCUUGGCUCAGAUCUGCGCAGACCGAACGGUUUCGCACCUGGCUCUCCCCGAACGGGAUCUCCUCCCGGGUCGCCUCUCCCCGGCUUCGGAGCUUCCCGAUGGGGCGGACGGCAGCUCCGAUUCGGCCCCCAGCUGCGAAAGCAGCAGCAGCAGCAGCAGCGGGUGCGACCCGGCCGCCGAGAUGGAGGAUUUCUGGAGACCGCCCUCCCCCUCGGCCUCCCCAGCUUCUGAGCGGUCCAUCUGUCCAUCCUUGGAUGAACCUUCCCACUUCUCCCUGCCCCUGAAACCCUACACAUGGAGCAGCCUGGGAAAUACUGAACUGAGACAUUUGGUACAGAACUGCAGGCCUUGCUCAGCUCUGGAACGUGGUCUCUUCUGUGAGCGGGGAUCUGAGCCUGUUCUCUAUGCCUCCGAGCGCAACUCAGCUCUUGGACUCUAUGGUGACUUUGGCUCUCCUGGACUCUUUGAGCGGCCAGCAGCAGCCCCUGGAAUCUUUGUGGAGACCCCACCUGGACUGCAACCGGAGAAGAGUGUAAAUAGCAUCAAAUUGGAAUCGGAACUCCUCUGUCGCCCUCUGUUGCUCAGCAGUGGCUCCUACAAAUGCAUCAAAUGCAGCAAGGACUUCUCUACUCCGCAUGGCCUAGAGGUCCAUGUUCGUCGUUCACACAGUGGCACCCGGCCUUUCGCUUGCGAAAUGUGUGGAAAGACAUUUGGCCACGCUGUUAGCUUGGAGCAGCAUAAAGCUGUGCACUCCCAGGAACGUAGCUUUGACUGUAAGAUCUGUGGGAAGAGCUUCAAGAGAUCUUCCACUUUGUCCACACACCUUCUCAUCCACUCAGAUACCCGGCCUUAUCCAUGUCAGUACUGUGGAAAGAGGUUCCACCAGAAAUCUGACAUGAAGAAGCAUACUUUUAUCCAUACAGGUGAGAAACCCCACAAGUGCCAGGUGUGUGGCAAAGCUUUCAGCCAGAGCUCAAACUUGAUCACUCACAGUCGGAAACACACUGGCUUCAAGCCCUUUGGCUGUGAUCUGUGCGGCAAAGGCUUUCAGAGAAAGGUGGAUUUGCGAAGACACCGAGAGACCCAGCAUGGUCUGAAAUGAGAACCUGGUGGAAUCUGGAAAAACAUCAGAAACACUAUGUCAGCAAACUUCCCUUUUCUCCUUGUGGGCUGCCCGUGUCCUGCCUGUGUGUCUCUCUCUCUCUGGUCUGACCCUUGAGUUCACUUCCCGCCCUAUUCUCACUAAAUAGGAAGUCGGAGGAAUUUGGUGAGAGUUUUACAGAAUUUAAUGCAGAUUCAAAUAGCCUUGGAAUUAACAUGAAAUGCCAAGCCUAAAGAGGUGGGGUGAAGCACCUUUUCAGAAUCAAAUCCUGGACAAAUAACAUGUGUACAGUAUCUGUUCCCCUUCCACCUCCACCUUGUGGCACAAAAGACCCUAUUUAGAUAAGCUACUGAUAUAAUCCCACAGAUGGGUGUGAUAAAGGAGAGUGCGAGUUUUGUUUUGUACCAUUUAAGAGUUAAAACAUCAUGCUUUCAUUAAAUUAUUUAUUAUUUUUUGCCUGGAAAUCUUAAAUUGACAGUGGAUGGAGCAGUUGAGAACUGACGACUGCCUUGUGUCAUCAAGUGCUGUACGUUCCAUCUUUCUGUCACAAACACAGAAAUAUUCAAAUAGGUGUUGAAAACAAGAGAACUUUUCUUUUAUAGCUCAUUAUUAAAGUAAUACAAUGAGCCUAUUGAAGUGGGUAAAGGAAGUCAAAAACAUCAGUGGGAGUCAGAGGAAAAAGUUUAUAUGUUCUUCUAGACAACCCACCAACCCCAACCACAAGCAAAGUGUUAAUAUCUUUGUACUGUCCGCCUCCUCAAAAUUACAGUGGAAGAUCCUACUAGGCCACUUCUGUGGGUUGUUCUGUGUGGCCAUUUUGUGUUAGACUAUUGAACACUAGUGGGGGUCUGGGGCUACGUGUUUUUUUUUCCUCUUGAGGAAGAGCCUUUCCCCACUACUUCAGCCUCAGUUUUAUGGUGUCUGCAAGGGGGAAAGUAAUAGUGGGUGCCUCAUGAGGCAAUUAUGUAAUUUGUGGCAUUUAUGUGACGAUGCCACGAUGUGUGAGAUUUACAUCAUGGCCUACAUGUCUGUCUUUACUAGAAAACAUAUUUUUUUCCUCUCUUACAUUCACUGCUAGUGUAAGACCCUGGGACUAGGAACCAGCAAUCUUUUAUUUCCUGCUGCCGUUUUCUGGCACCUCCAAUUUGUACCUGCAAAAAGAUAUCUUGAAAUAACAGGCCCUUCCCCCCCCCCCAGUUUUCCAUUGCAAGUGAGUCUUCUUUCUGGUUCUUCAGCGGGGUUGCCCUGAGGUCAAAGGUUGAAAGACCCAUGAUGCUCUUUACAGAUUAGGAUACUGAAUAGGAAAAGAAACGUGCACUCAAAGCAGAGAAGAUCAUAGGUCCUUUGGACCGCAGCUAGGCACCAAUAUUAAAUAGGGGUACUGGACUGCAGCAUCACCCUAUGUUGCGUUUCACAAUCUUAUCUUGGAUCAGUUUUAUUUAAUGCUGUUUCCUUAUGCCAUGCAUUUGACUCUACAGUAAUGACUACCAAGCUGGAAAUUUGAGGGAACACGAUGUCUCAGUUGUGUCCUUGAAAAGUUUGAAUCUACCCACUAAAGAUUGAGAGUCGUUCUACGUACACAUGUCUAUGUCCAUGAAAACAGUCUAUCUUUUUCAGGCAUUGGGAAGGACGCCAUUUACGCGCAACUGCAAAGGAAGAACUAAACAUGAAGUAAGCAGGGUCUUAAUGCUAGAUAUUUUAGAGAUUUGUCCUAAAAGGGAAAGGAGCAGGUAGGGACAGUGACAAAUUUCCGUUCCUGAAUGGCACUGAAACUUUGCAGUUAAGUAUCAGGUAGGCAAGAAACAGUUUCCCAGUGAGGUCUGUUCAUAUCUGACAAUUCUUAAUCACAAUGACGCCAAAAUGACAAGACGUAUCUUGUGACUGCAUGGUGCGAGUUUUGCCUUUCUACAGUCAUGCCGUGACAUUGCACACAAGAAACAAGAGGAGGAGUUUGUAUCAUAACAUCACAAUAUACGUACACAAUUCCUCGUUUGCCCCCCAACCCUCCUUACCUAUGUGUGGGGCAGUUUGUUCUGAAGUAGUCCUGGGUCAAAAAGGAGUUGCCUUAACUAAUCCUGGCCAUACCUCAACAUGGGAAGGGAAGAGAAGGAGGGGGGAAUCGUUUUACUUUAUAGAUAGGAACGUAAAGGUUUUUUUUUGUGUAGAUUCUACAAUGUGUCUUAUGUUCAUUAAUUCAUAUUUA